GCAAAACUGUCACUACUGAAACUGUCAAAAAAACGACCUUCAAAAUUCAGAUGAAGAAUACAAAAACAAUCCUCUAACAAUGUCCUCACAACGGCUUCAUUCUUAUCAUUCAACAAUUGAUGGAUUAGCAGCAUUGCAGAUUCAUCAUGCCCACAAAAAGCAGCAGUGUGUGAAGCGACUCGCUGGGCAGAUGUAGUGACGUUAUUUCCUGGGGGUGGCGGUGAAGGUUCUGCAGACCCUGGCUUCAGUGCACAGUGGAGUUCAGCUGAACAGAGAAGCCGAGGAAAUAAAGACAUGGGCACAGCGACGUGAACCCGUGGAAGUAAACCGCACAGUAUCAUUGCACGGAGAGCUCAGAUAGGAACUGGUGAUAUUUAUAUACAACGCAUAUAUCAAAGCAGAUCUAUAAUUUAGCUGUCAACGUUUGUGAGUCUCACUGACUGACCGACCAUGGCGGAGAAGACCGGCCGGCUCAGCUUCCCCGGGAGCGGUGCGCUGAACAGACCCGUUCCGAUGAACCUGUUCGCUACCUGGGAAAUCGACGGCUCGUCUCCAAGCUGCAUACCCAGGCUCUGCAGUCUGACACUGAAGAAGCUGGUGGUGAUGAAGGAGCUGGAUAAGGAGCUCAUCUCAGUGGUCAUCGCUGUCAAAAUCCAGGGCUCCAAGAGGAUCCUGAGGUCUCAUGAGAUCGUGCUGCCCCCUAGUGGACUGGUGGAGACAGACCUGGCUCUCACGUUUUCACUGCAGUACCCUCACUUCCUGAAGAGGGAAGGCAAUAAGCUUCAGAUCAUGCUGCAGAGGAGGAAGAGAUACAAGAACAGGACCAUCCUGGGGUACAAGACGCUGGCUGUGGGCUCCAUCAACAUGGCUGAGGUGCUGCAGCACCCCACUGAGGGGGGCCAGGUCCUGUCCCUCUGCAGCAACGUGAAGGACACAGCCGCCAAGGUGGCUGAGAUCUGGAUCUUCUCCCUGUCCAGCCAGCCCAUCGACCACGAGGACGGGGCUGUGCAGGGGGGGCAGAAAGCCAAGUCCACAGAUAAUUACUCUGAAGAGGAGUACGAGAGCUUCUCCUCGGAGCAGGAAGCCAGUGACGACGCGGCCCAGGGUCAGGAUCUUGAUGAUGACGAGUAUGAUGUGAGGAAGCCGAAGAAGCAGCGGCGCUCAAUAGUCAGGACCACGUCCAUUACCAGGCAACAAAACUUCAAGCAGAGGGUUGUGGCCUUGCUGAAGAGGUUCAGAGUUUCAGAAGAGGUGCUGGACUCGGAGCAGGACCCAGCAGAGCAGGUCCCGGAGGUGGAGGAGGACCUGGACCUGGACAGUCUGGACAUCGAGAACCCGAGCGACAGCGGACCGGAGCUGGACGACGACGACAGUGUGCUGAGCACGCCCAAACCCAAACUCAAGCCUUAUUUUGAGGGUAUGUCCCACUCCAGCUCCCAGACUGAGAUCGGCAGCAUCUACAGCAUCCGGAGCCAACGCGAGCCCCCCAGCCCGGUGGAAGCGCCCGACAAGUUGAAAAGCUCAGAAAGCAAGUUCCAAGUGGACGAUGUGUCUGACACAGUCUCCUUCGAGCAGCCCGAGGCCAUUACUCCCACAACAGAGCUGGAGCGAAACAACAUGGAUACCUUCCUUGAGAAACUGCCUCCCAGUGGGAAAAUCACCAAGACAGAGUCCUUCAUCAUCCCCUCCAACAGACCGGAUUCGAAGCUGACGGGCCGGCGAGGCAGGAGCACCUCCCUCAAGGAGAGGCAGCCAGUCAGACAGCAGAACGAAAGAGCAAACAGCCUGGACAACGAGCGCUCCCCCGAGACCAGGUGUCACAUGCAGAUCCCCAGGAAGACUGUGUAUGAUCAGCUCAACCACAUCCUCAUCUCAGAUGACCAGCUCCCUGACAGCAUCCUCCUGAUCAACACCUCCGACUGGCAGGGGCAGUACCUAUCAGAGGUCCUGCAGAAUCACCAGCUGCCCAUGGUCUGCACCUGCUCCAACGCAGACAUCCAGGCUGCGUUCAACACCAUCGUCUCACGCAUCCAGAGAUACUGUAACUGUAACUCUCAGACGCCGAUCCCCAUUAAGAUCGCUGUGGCCGGGGCUCAGAGUUACCUGAGCGCUGUCCUGCGCCUCUUUGUGGAUCACCUGUCUCACAAGACCCCUAACUGGCUGGGCUACAUGAGGUUCCUCGUCAUUCCACUGGGCGCUCACCCCCUCUCCAAGUACCUGGGUACCAUCGACUAUCACUACAACAACCUGUUCCAGGACACAGCCUGGAGAGAUCUGUUCCACAAGCAGGAGGCGCCCGUCAUAGUGCAGGAAUGCCCUGACUUGGUGUCUAGGAUCACACAGUACAUGGUGGGAGCGAAUGGAGCGCACCAGCUUCCCAUUGCAGAGGCCAUGCUGACCUACAAGCAGAAGAGCCUUGAUGAAGACUCCUGUCAGAAGUUUAUCCCAUUCAUUGGUGUGGUGAACGUGAGGAUUGUGGAGCAGUCAUCUGCAACGUCAGGUGACUCUGACGAUGCAGCCCCAGUGGGGUCUAUGCUGCUCUCCUCCACCCCCCCUCAGGUGUCUCCUGUGCUGAAGGAAGCCUUGCCCACACCACCUUCCUCUCCAUCCGUCACCACUGGCUUCUACUCCUACAGUACCCCAGGCGGUGGCCAGGGGGAGCUCAUGGGGCUGCAGGUGGAUUACUGGGUGUCGGUGCAGGGAGGUGAGAAGAAGAGGGACGUGGAGAAGAAGGACUCCUCCUCCAAGAACUCGCUGAAGUGCACCUUCCUGUCGCUGCAGGUCAGCCGCCUGCCCCUCUCGGGGAGCGAUGCCUCCCCCCAGCCCACCAUGAAUAUGACUGUCGUCACCAAGGAGAAGAACAAGAAGGUGAUGUUUCUGCCAAAGAAAACAAAGGACAAAGAAGUAGAGUCCAAGAGCCAGGUCAUUGAGGGCAUCAGCAGACUGAUCUGCACUGCGAAGCACCAACAGACCAUGCUGCGGGUGCUGAUAGAUGGAGUCGAGUGGAAUGACGUCAAGUUUUUCCAGCUGGCAGCUCAGUGGUCGUCCCAUGUCAAGCACUUCCCCAUCGGCAUCUUCGGACACUCCAAAGCCUCCUACUAACUGAGGGGGAACCCACAGAACUCCUGUAGCCACUUUCAGCUGUGUGCCAAGAUUCAACCGGUUGACUGAUGGCCCACCUCCCUCCCACCCUCUCUCCUGUCCGACGGCCUCCCUCCCGUCCUCUCUCCUGACCAACGGCAUACCUCCCUCCCUCCUGACCGACAGCCCGUCUUACUCACAGCCUACCUGGCUGCUUUUCCGAUUUACUUUUUGAAGAUUUUAAGGAAAUGGGGUUGACAAAAUCUCAAAUUGACUUUUUACAUACAUUUGAAAACCUAAUAAAAUAAAUAAUUUUAAAUCAUUGACUAAAAAAAAAAAAAAACAACUCCCUAACAGUAACAAAAGUAGGACACACGCAAACUCACUGUUUCAUCUGAAGAGUGCAAUAACUUGUAAAUACAGCGAAACCUGAACUAACCGCUGGUCGCCAAGGGGCAUCUGUGCUUAUUCCAUGUACCACUCUGUCAGUUAUCACCUGCUCAGUAGGAGCAGCUGAUCCCUUAGUUUGGAAGACCUUUUACUGCAUGAAAAUGGAUAAGAUGACAAUGCAUAAAAAGGGAUGCAUUAAGAUAAACAGGGUUAUUUAACUCUAGAGGGGGAAAAAGGAUAUUUAUUUUAUAUUAAUUUUCCAUUCAUUUAUUAUGCCAGGUCUGUCCUUUUUGUUUGUUAUUUGCCUAAAGUGCUCCCUUUUCUCAUCUUGCAAUGAGAAUCACAGUGAACAGCAGCCGGUCGAGCCCUGUGGUCCUGCAGGGGCUUCCCCCCUGCCACUUUAUAGGUGGAGUAACAAUUGGUUCAGUUUAGUGGUUCACCACACAGUUGCCUAGCGAGGAACGGAGAUGAGCAGUUUACCAGCCACAUGAUCACUUCAGAAAUACUUAAAGGGACUAAAUAAAUUGAGCAUUGAAGACACACAGAAAGACCUCUGGUGGAAAGUGAAUUUAUUCUUUUAGUAUUGCUAAAUGCAGCACCAUUUGAGUGGUUGACAGUUACAGAUGAUACCACACAUACUUUACUUCAGUGACAACGAGCAGAUUGGGAAAAUGUUCAGUUGUCAAACACAGUGGCAGCAAUGUGCCUUGAUUUUGAUUUGAAAUAGAGGUGGGCAGGAUGGGCUUGUUGCUUUUUAAACGCCUUACCAGCUUGAACAGUUUAACUCUUAAAAGCCUGCACUUGCGGAAUUCCUAUUUAAGAUAUGUAAAAAAGGUGCCAUAUACAUGGUAUCUAGGGCUUCAGUACCUGGUACAAUGGCACUAGACUAUAAAAUAAAACUUGCCUUAUCAGGCCUGCACAUUUAUCUAGAAUUUGUUUCUGCAAUAUCUAAUCUCCUGUUUCUGUUGCAUGAAAACAAGCAUAAAAACUACAACAAAAAGGUAACCGAGAAUCACAGUUUGUGUCACAUUGUUCACAUAAACUAGGUCUUUUGGACCCAGCACUGCAGAAAGAGAUUCGAAGGCAUAACGAUGGCAGUUGCCUGUAAGCAGAUAAAAGCUGAGAAACUCCUAGUACUUUUACUACAGGUUUCGGGUUCCUGUACAAACCACUGCGCUCCCCUUCUUCGUCUCAGUUCACACCCAUGUUAAAAUGAACUGGAAUCUGGAGUAGCACAGACUGCAUGGAGACAGGCACAUCCGUACUUGCAAGCAACCGACUCAAUCUUAGUCUGUGAGCUCAGGUGCUGGAAUUAAAUGACAGCCACACUCAAUGCAACCAUUUGCUAGAAGUUAGUUUGACACACAAGCAGUGAUUCGGAACGAGAUCGCAAACGUGUGCGUCCUGUGCAGCUAAUCUAUGAAGCGCAGUCAAUAUAAAACGUCAUUGAUCAGCUUCUGAAUUCUGCCAACAAAGCAUUUUGUUCAAACAGGAAAAACUAAACAUAACAAGUUAGCUGUGAAUACACAGUUGACGUGCCCUGUCCCAGUUUUCAUUACUGUUUAGUAGUUGAGCGUGCAUUUCCCUUGCUUGUUCUUUUAAAAUAGCUGUGUGUUGCUGUGAUUGAUAAAAACAGAACUUUCAUCCAUCUCCAAUAAAAUGACAAUACAAAUAAAGUGGAAUAGCCUCGCAAAUCCAAGUUUCCCUGCUAAUAGUCUGCAUUCCAAGCUUACAUUUACUAAACAUGUUGAAGUAAUUUCAACCUCAGAAGCUUGGAUAUAAUGGGAAAUGAAUAAUAAUAAUGUUUUAAAAGUGAAUAACUUUGUAUACAAGAAGUCUAAAAUGUUUACUUGAAGGAGCUGUAGCACAGUUUUAAUAAAACAAUUAUAUUAGAAUUUACAAUUUAACAUAAGUCAUUCUAUGGCAAAAGAUGUCUAAAAGUCUUCAGAACCGCACAGGGCAUCUUCAAUUAAAAAGGGACAAGAAAAAAAAAUUAAACUCUAAACCUUUUAUAUGAAUUGUGAUUUAUAGCUUUUAUAGUGUUAAGUUUUCUUUUGCCAAAUGUACUGUACCAUAGUUGUCCAGCUUUGGGGUGAAAGGGACACUUGGGAGGGAAAUCCUUGUAAUAUUGAGUUGAUCUUGUUUUAAAUGUGUUGAUGUUUGUAUCUUUGUUUUGUCUUCUCUGAGAGGUUGUGGGUGUUUUGGGUUUUUUUUGUAUGACCUGGGAAUGUGCUUCAAUCUGUUUUUAAAAGCCCAGCUCCUUAUCAAAGUUGCUGGAACUUCUAAUUUCUCUUAAUUCUAUCUCCAUGGUUAUCAGUAGCGUCUCUUUAUUUCCACCCCUCGCUGGUUUUCGCAGAUGGAGCCUGUGCAGUUCUUACUAGAGACACAUGUCAAUUGAAUUAGUGUUUUCAUAGCACUGUGGUUAUCCUAUCUGAUUGACUGUCCAAUCUGUGUUGUAGGAGAUCACAAUCAAACUGGCACUGGUACACAUGCAGAAAGCAUGACUGGAAUAAGGAGGGGUGAGAGAAAUAAGUCUGGAAGAGGAGCUGGGCUUUUCAAAACAGCUCAGUGUCAUUUGAAGCUUCCUGCUUCUGGAGAACAGUUAUAUACUUAUAUAUAAACAGUUAUAUAUACUUAUAUAUCGUUGUUUUGUGUCCAGUAGUUGCACUGUUCAGUUUAAAUAUAAUGCCGAUUUAAGAAUUCUGGCCUUACAGAAGGAAUCUAGGCAAAAAUAAAAAGGAAGGGAUAUAAACCAGGUUUCUGAAAAAUCCUGUUUUGAACUAAACGGUGCCAUUUUCUGGCCAUAUAAAAACAACAGUUGCUCUAUAAGUGCCCAAACCUUUCAGUGUUUGAUGCAGUGCCCUUUAAUCCUGCAGAUUCCUUAUUCCUACUCAGGAACCAAAGUUACUAAUAAAAAACCUGAAACUGUGUUCCCUUGUGCAGCGUGACUGCGCUAGCCCCUGAUGGAGCUGCAGUGUGACUGCGCUGCAACCUGAUGGAGCUGCAGUGUGACUGCGCUAGCCCCUGAUGGAGCUGCAGUGUCCUGCUUUGUCUAAGUGUAGAGCUCCUUUAGCUCUGUAAAUACUGUAUUUAUUGUAUAGUUACUGUUUUUGUUACAAGCUGUGCUUUUUUUUUUUAAAUUAGCAUUAACUUGUCUACUGCACUUUCAGUAAGGAAGCCUGGGAAAGCUUUGUGGUGGUUCACCAUGAUUUGUAUCAUUUUAAAAGGCCUGGUCAGUAUACAAAGAGCACACUUUCACCCCACUUCUGUUAAAGUGCCAGUUACAAAUCAAGUUUAUAGAGCCACCAUACCUGUAGUUCAUAUAGAUUAUGGCAGUGCUAUCAUCAUUUAUGUAACAUUUUUUUCUUUCAGAAGUGAAAAACCGCUUUCAUAUCCAGUAGCUGUUGAUGUUAUAAAUUGUUUCUAAAUCCUAACAAAAAAAAAUUGCUAACAUUCAGCCACAUUGGUAUCUAGCAUUAUUAUUAAUAAUUAUUGUUAAUACUAAAAUUGAUACAAGACAUAAUGUACAUCACUUGGUACAUAAUAGGGUUGUAAUUCCAUCAAGGGGGUUCAGUGUAAUGAUAAACCACGAGAGCGAAACCCCAGUCAGUGUGUGUACAGUUUGAGUGUCUUUGCUAAAGUACAUGGUAACAGAAUACACAGAACCAGUUUUGUUUCUCUAUUGGGUGAAUUAAAUGUGUUCACAGUAGCAAGUCUGUCCAACGGAACUUGAAUUUGUCUGGUUUUGCCGAAUUCUCUGAGGUUACACAAAGUUCAUACGACUCUGUUUUUUUUUUUUUUUUUUUUUUUUUUUUUUACUUGCGUUAUUCUGCUCCCCAAUUAAAGCUGGAAGCAAUUGGUACUGUGCAAUGCAAUUUACUUUGAAAAGUUGACAUCAAGAGAACUAAACAUGUACAGCGUCUUUAAGUACAGCUUAACUAGGAAAAGAACGAUAAUAAGAGACUGUCUUUGAACCCUGUGGCUUAUAGAAAAGCAUUGAGGCACAGCUUAUUCAUAUAGUCAGCACUGACCUACAGUAGCACAAAACAUCUAAGAUUGGAUCAGCCCAUAGCCAGCCGGGAUAAGCCACCUCUGAAUUUUGUUGGAUCCAUGGUUAUCCUUGGAUCCCCCCUAGAAUCUGUGGCUGAUACAAUCCAAGGUAAUUCCCUGCUCCAGUAACACCCAGCAGUAUUGUAUCCAGGCAGAUUCUAGUCUGACCCCUUCAGUCUUGAAGGUGGAAUAGCCAUGUAAAGUGGAGUGCAAAGGGCAACCCUCACUCUAAUAACACAAUGGUCCUCUUUGCAAGGCUCCAAGGUUGGCCUUGAAAGGAGAGUGAUAACCAAGGGCUUAAAAACCAUUCCCUUACUUCUGAUCAGCAAGACAUUAUCACUGGUACUCUUGCCGUUGUGAUGAAGAUGGCAGGGUUAACUUCAAUUUGGGAUCUGCACAUUUUUUUUCAAGACAGCACUAGUGGAUUUAAAAUUAACUUGAAACCUGGAACCUAAUCACUUCCUGUGCUGUAGGCCACAUGGUCAGAUUGCUGCUAGAGCUUUGGGAGUGAGACUGACAGCACAGGACGUGAUUGGUUAACAGGAAGCAGCAGCAACUUUUAAUCUAUGGUGGUCGUGUUUUUUUUAUUUUUACUUUGACUUGGUUAGCACUCCCUAAGCCAGCUAUCAGUGCACUGAAUCAUCUAGGCAUGCAUGAAGGGACUUUGCCUCUGUGUGUGUGAGAGCGUGUGUCAUUUCAUUCUGACUGUGUUCCUCUGCUUUUUCCAUUCUUUAUGUCUUAAUGUGAAGGUUGACAAACUGAUCUGUAAACAGACGAUUUGGAACCAUGCGUCUCUCUGUAUGUAACCUGUGGCCAUGACCACCGUUUUCUGGUAAUAAAAAAACACUAAUAAAAAAAAAAAAAAAUGUACAAAUCAAUACU